AUGACAGAAAGUGCACAGGAGGUCAGUGUCAACAGCAGUGCACUAGUGACCUGUGUGAGUGAACUGGAGGCCACAAAUACAGGCCUUGUGGCAGAGCUGCACAAAUAUGUGAGAAAUGUUCAUUACACGGACCCAACCGGAGCCAAGAUGUACUUUAAUGAGAGGAAUGAAAUUCCGUCUGAUCUUAUUUUAGAAAGUUUGAUUGUUAUGAAAGAUAUAGAUUUGUAUUAUGAACCAAUUGCCACUAUUCGAGGCCCAGACUUUAUGCCUGAAAUGUUUCCCAAUAUGAGUGAUCCCAACAUCUGGAAAAGUGGCAAAGUUCCGGUAUCUCGGUGCUCAGAUCCCUGUUUACCUGACAGCAGAAAAAAGUUUGGAUCUUCCAUCCAUAAAUGCUGCUAUGAGUGCGUCCGAUGUCCAGAAGGAGAGAUCUCCAAUAUUUCCGACAGUGAAAACUGCAUGAAAUGUCCUGAUGAUGAAUGGCCAAAUGAGAAGAAGGAUCUGUGUGUUCCAAAAUGGAUGGAAUUUCUCUCCUACACUGAUGAUCCCAUUGUUGCAGUAUUUUCAGCUGUCUCCAUCCUCUGUUGUCUUCUGACUGGUUUAAUAUUGGGGAUAUUUAUACAUUACCGGGACACCCCCAUUGUUAAAGCUAAUAACCGGAACCUGAGCUAUCUUCUCCUGGUCUCCAUCAUGUUGAGCUUCCUCUGUGUCUUCUUGUUCCUCGGACGUCCAGUAGAUAUAACCUGCAUGCUGCGUGUCACCUCUUUUGGAGUCAUCUUCUCAGUUGCUGUCUCUUCUCUACUUGCCAAAAGUAUCAUGGUGUGUAUUGCUUUUAAAGCCACCAAACCUGGGAGUCCCUGGAGGAAAUGGAUGGGAGGCAAACUGCCCAAUUGUAUCAUUUGUGUCUUCUCACUGGUUCAAGUCAUAAUCUGUGUCUCUUGGUUGUCUAUUUCUCCUCCCUUCCAGGAUCAGGACACUCACUCUUAUCAGGGGAAGAUCAUCAUUCAGUGUAAUGAGGGUUCAGUUAUCGGCUUCUACUCUGUCCUGGGAUAUAUGGGGCUUCUGGCAGCUGUGAGCUUCAUUAUAGCUUUUUUAGCCAGGACAUUACCGGACAGUUUUAAUGAGGCCAAGUACAUCACCUUCAGCAUGCUGGUGUUCUGCAGUGUCUGGAUUGCCAUGAUCCCGGCCUAUCUGAGCACCAGAGGGAAAUACAUGGUGGCUGUGGAGGUUUUUGCUGUAAUGGCAUCAAGUAUUGGACUUCUUGGCUGUAUAUUUUUCCACAAAUGUUACAUAAUUCUGUUCAGACCUGGCCUGAAUAUAAAAAUAGUUAUCCGCUAA